AUACAACUGUAUAUACAGAUACACAGCCAGGUAUCAGAUCAGUACUCAGUAUCGGGAAGAGAAAAAGGGUAUCGUAUGUAAGUUGCUGAAUGAGUAGUAUUGCUGAAUCAACAUUAAAAACUAAAAAAAAAAAAAAAAACUUUUAUACCAAUUAUAUAAUGCCCAUUCAUGCUUAACAAUAAUGAACUCCAACUGAAAGUGGGCUAUUCAUUUAAAGUGCAGGGCUGGCCUUCACCUAAGUAGGGUGUGUCUACUGACAGCGGUUGUAAACUCUUUCAAUGAGGAACUGCUGGCUAGUUACAAGAAAGACUGGUCUGUUGAUUGUUCUGAUUUCAGCCUUGGAUUAAGCCAUACCAUGGAAACAUCAAUCCCUUCGCUCCUGCUGGUUUUGUGGCUCAAGAGUUUGCUGAACUGGCUGGUGGUCGUGGUGCAGCGGCACUACAUGACCAGGAGCUUCUCAGGAUUCUUCUGCAUUUCCUUGGCACUGAUAGACAGUCUCUUGAGUUUUGCCCUUGGGGCUAUUUUCUAUCUGGAAAACUUCAACAUUUCAGGCUGGCACUUCACUAGGUAUCACAUAUGCCUGCUGGCUCAGAUUGCUUGUUUUAUCUACGAUGCGCUCCACUGGCCAGUGUUCCUCCUUGUAGGACUAGACAACUUUUGGACACUAUCAUCAAGCUCAACCCACACAUCCUGGAAACAAAAGCUAACUUACCUGGCUGGAGCGUGCCUCCUUUGGAUUGUAGCAGCUUUGUACGUUUUCUGGGAGCCUGAUUUUGUUCUGUUGAUAGGAGAUGCUGAGGAGCACCAGUGCCAGCUGUUUAGUAGAUCUCAGAGCUCUCCGGUUCUCGUGCUGCUGACGGUCACCUGCGUCAUUCUUUACUCGUAUGCUCCGUUUGAGAGAUGGAGGGUGCAUGUGUUUCAGCAUUCCACUCAACAAAGCUGCUUGGUUUGUUUAAGGCGCGCCAUGCACACGUUCCUGAGCACGUGGUCCUCGUUCCUCGCACUGAUGAUCAUCUCGCCGCUGCUGCAGAUAGAGAUGCACGCGCACCUGCAGCUGAACGUCAUCUGGCUGUGUUUCCUCAACAGCUUUUUCGUCGCUUUGGCUCUGUGCGGUCGCUCUAUUUCAUCGAAUUCCAAGAAAAGCGACACCAUAACCGACGGUUUUUGUUCCUGGUACUUUUGUUUUACAUAUGGAGCUGACGAGUGUAAUUAUGGACAACAACCCAAUGACCGCACACAAGUCAAAACACUAAAUGUCUGACCAUGUUUACUUCGUUUUUCUUUGCUUUCUUGUUUGCAUAUAAAAAGCUAAUAUUUUUUGCACAUCUGAUUCGUCUCUUUACUAGAAAAAUGUGUAACAAAUUAUGUGAUUUCUGCUUACAGGGUAGAGCUCAAAAUUACAAGUGUUUUCCGUCUGUAUGCAAAUAAACUGAACUCAUGAAAAUGACAAGGAAGAUGUACAAAUGUAAGGAAGUAUAUUUACAUUUGAACUAGUCUAGCAGUCUAACCGGUUUAAUCGCUCCUCGAUACUAUUGAAGUUUAGGAAUAUUUACAUAAGAUCAUAAAAAAUUUAAAUUCUGUCAGUAUUUAACCCAUGUCGUUUCAAUGUUGUAAAUGACUUUCUUCUGUGGAACACUAUAUAAUAGCUUAUUGAAACUUUAGAAUAACCCAUAUAAUCUAGUGAGAAGCUCACAGUUUCAUUCAGAGGCCUAAACUGAGCAAAAAUUUGUAAUCUAGUGCAGAUUGUUACUUACAUGACCAAAAAGUUAAAUGAAAUUUAGACGGUUUGUAAAGUAAAUAAUUUGUACAGAUUACGCAAAAAAAAA